UAAUUUGUUCUUCACGACAAUGAACUUUGGUAGCGCGUUCUCAGACGCUGAGAGUUCGUCAGGAAGUGCGAGUUCGACCUACUCCCCACGAAGAACCAAAGACGAGGAGGAGUGUAUAGAUCUCAGACAUGCGUUGACGUCGGCACCAGAAGACGAGCACACCGAUAAGAAAGAAGAUGCGCCAAGGGAAGAGAGCGCGCAUGUCCCUGUGUCGGGAACAGGAAGCCCUAACGACCCUGUUCAGCCCCUCUCUUUGAACAAUGAACAACAAACGAGUGUUAGUGGGGUUAAGACGACAACUACUCCUACGGUUGCCAAUUACUGUGAAAUUCAUGACACCUCAAGGGAAAGAUUUGAGAUAGAGUUUUUGAAAAAUGCUGUAAUUAAAAUGUUCGACAUGAAUCCACAGCAGCUGAAAGACUACGAUAGAAAUGUCCCUGCACAAGAGGUGUCGUCUACAACGUCGACACCAAGGGUUUCAGGUAGAACAUCUGCACAUUCCCCAAGCACGCCCAAGAAUAUUGGUAGAAAAACUACCCAGUUAAUGGCAAAAGAAACUGAUGAAGGAAUAUUUGUAAGAGCGUGGCGAAGUGUUGUGAGGUUUUUCCAGAGAAAAGUGGAACCCACGCAAGGUCCAGGACAACAGGUGAGUAAUGAGAGGACUGUGCCAUUGUCUAGUGCUACAAUUUCGCCCAGGAAAAGAGGACCAAAGGCGUCCGAAGUGAAUGAACGUGAUCCGAAACGGGACGGCACAACCACGCUUAGAGUUCCGACGCUGUCCCCAAUUGACGAGGUACUGGAGCCGACAACGUCAGGCAGUAGUGCCUUUGGUACUGGACCAUCCAGCAGCGAGGUCAAUACGUCCAGUAAAAGAAAAGCGUCGACGAACACAAUUAGCGACACAGUGAAGUAGGAAUACGGACGCUUCGCCAUGGGAGCUGUGGAAGCUAUUUG